AUGUCUCCAAGCAAGCUUGCGCUUCUUCCAACAAUCCUCUUCCUAGUCACUCAAGCUUAUGCCCAACUCAACACCGUUGAUUACAACGUCACCGGAUACGAUGUGGCUCCAGACUUGUCCGAUUCCGAGUUCGAUCCAUACCCUCCCCUGAAAGAUGACAAGGGGGAUCAACUUGACGCAGCCAAUGUACGCGGCACUCGUCUUUUUGGUUACCAAGGUUGCGACGGGCGGGCUAAGGAUGCCAUCAAUGAGGCAUACAAUGACUUCUACAAGCUGUCUCAUCUGGACGGCUUGUACGCCAACUUCGAUUGGAAAGGUCAAGCAGCGAGGGAGUUUUGGGGGUCUGAAGUUAGUCCAAAAGCUCCUCUGAACGACGAGAGAAAGGAAGAGAUUCGACUGGACGUCAGUACAGAUCGCGAAAGACAGUGCCCUAACAUUCCUUUCUCCCUCACAGACUCGGGAGGAUCUGGCAAAUCCCCCAAUGUCGACGAUUUGCGCAUAAUGUUCGGUCCGAAGAGAGAUAGACGCACCGAAGAUACCUAUGGGCCUCUUCUUUCCAAAAUCCUGCGUAACUUCAGGGCUGACGGCUGGUACCCCGGCCAAAACGCAGACACUUAUGCUUGGUACGCCAUGGCUAUGUGGGCUCAGAAAGAGAUUGGACAUUAUCCCGAGAACCCAAAGUCGAGGGGCGUCAAGCCUGUCGCACCACCUCGACGGGCCGACGGCUCCUCUCUCAACGACCCCGCAGGCCCGGCCGACUCUUCCGACGACUCAGAGGACACUGAAUUGGACUACCAGCCCUCGGAAGGUUUUACGACACCAAACUGCGGCUCCAGGAUGAGUGCCGUGGAGCAACCUCCUCUGCCAGUUCUGAACGUCAGUUGCGUAGAUGCGUCGAGCGCCGUCCCGGCAGACGUUUUCAGUUCCGCAACGAAUCAAGUCUAUUCAACGUUCUGUCGCGGUACAGUCAAUAACGGCAAGCAACUUGAGUGGAUGGCUGACGUCUUUGGCAAUCUCACCGGGCUGUCUCCGAGUCAGCAUUCACGGGUCAAACGAUUCGCACAUUUGACGAGAGCCGAUGGGCCCGAGCAGUAUACCAAUUGGCAAUUCAAGCUCGAUUGGGUGCCAGAAAAAGAUUCAACUGACGCAGCUCAGUGCUACUUGGACUGCGAAACUGCUUUUCAAGCACUUGCCGCAACGCCGCAAUGCUCUCAGAAGGGAGACGAUAAGAACUUGAUGUCACUUUCGGGACAAAUCGAUGUUGGCUGUGGGAUGUACGGAUACACUGUCAAAGGCAUAGCUAUCUCGUAG